AUGGAGGAUGCGAAGGCUCGCGCACGGGACGCGGGCAUGCUUAUCCAGGAUUCCGGUAGCGAUAGCGAGCUGAUUGAGGACGGUACCUACGGUGGCGAAGAGAGGGCAGAUUGCUACAUUUCUGCCGAGAUAUCGGCGGUGAGGGACCUGAGCGCGUCCGAAAAUGGCUUGGAGAAGUGCCACGGAUGCGAGGGGCCUGGGGGUAACAACAUUGCUGCAUCCCAAUGCCGGCUUGCAAUAAAGGGGCCGGAUGCGGAGGGUUCGGGUGAAGACGUGAAUUCUGAGGCAAGCGGCAGCAAAUGCAAUCACCGAUGGCAUGAUAGCGUAGCCUCGGCGGCGUCUCUUGGUCCACGAACUACAUUACCACAUUACCAAGCCCAAGACGCCGAUCCCGCAGUCCCCAAAUUUAUGGACGAUUUGAACGAGGAGACGCCAGUUGACCUACGUUCUUCGAUCACCGCCCGUGUGACUGCGGAGCUUAGCAGCUUCCUCGAUCACACAGAUGUUCCUGAGAUCGAAAAGCGUGAAACCACAGUUCUUCAGCCUCAGAAGUACCAGAAGCAUCACCAUGCGUGGCAGUCAAUCAAGCACUUAGACCUCCUGGACGCGUUAGACCCAUUCGACUUCGACGACGACCCGAGCGACGAUGAGAGCAAGCGACUUUAA